GGGAACUAUCCCAAUGCGCAAUCGAAAAAUCUAAAUUUGACGUGAACUGUCAAAAUUUCUUUCUUUUUGGUUGGACAUUAUCCAUAGAACACGUGGAAUAAGUAAAAAAUGGGUAUUGAUAUUUGCCACAAAUGGGACCGCAAAGUCCGCCGUACGGCACCCAAAUCUUUGGAUGUCUACUUGCGACUCCUUGUUAAGCUCUACCGUUUCUUGUACCGUCGCACGCACAAGAAAUUCAACAAGAUCAUCUUGCGCCGUUUGUUCAUGAGUCGCAUCAACAAGCCCGUCAUCUCCUUGCAAAAGGUCUGCCGUUUCAUGAAGGAGAAGGCAAAGGACGAGAAAACCAUUGCCGUCAUCGUUGGCAGCGUCACGAACGACGAUCGCAUGUUGACAAUGCCCAAAUUGCGCGUUUGCGCCUUGCGCGUCACAGAAAAGGCUCGUGCCCGCAUCUUGAAGGCUGGCGGCGAAGUCUUGACUUUCGAUCAAUUGGCUUUGUUGGCACCAACUGGCAAGGGAACCGUCUUGAUCCAAGGCAAGCGCAAUGCUCGCGAGGCAUGCACUCACUUCGGCAAAGCUCCGGGUGUGCCACACAGCUACACUCGUCCUUACGUUCGUUCUCGCGGUCGCAAAUUCGAACGUGCUCGUGGUCGUAGAACAAGCUGCGGAUACAAGAAGUAAAGAAAUUGAGCCGAAAUAAAAAUUGCUGAAAGAUCCAUUGAAACACACGUUCAUACAAAAUAAAUUGUAUAAUUCAAGAAAA